GCACACAGGAAGGGGCGGAGCGCCAGCGGCCGCCGGGCCGAGCGCCGCUCGGAAGGAAGCGGCGGCAGCGGGAGGCGCAGCCGUCGGUCGGGGGUCCGCGGGGCCUACAGUGACCUUCAGCUCCAGGCACUGGGACAGCGGCGACACCGGGUCCAUGGCGAUCGCGGCGGCUCCGUCUUCCUUGGCCCUCAGCGUCUCGAGCCCGGCCGCGAGCCCCAGCACCUACGGGGUCUUCUGCAAGGGGCUCUCCCGCACCCUGCUCGCCUUCUUCGAGCUGGCCUGGCAGCUGCGCAUGAAUUUUCCGUACUUCUACGUCGCGGGCUCCGUGAUCCUCAACAUCCGUUUGCAGGUACACAUUUAGGGCCGUGAUGGACCUGCCGGGCUUCCGGGCCAGCACAAUGGCGGAUUCCCAGGAGGCCCGGAGGCGAAGCGGGGCUGCGAGCAAGGAGGUCCGCAGUCUCGCGAGAAUGCCUGGGAGCCCUCCGCGGCUGCGCUCGCCGCUCGCAACCCAGCUCCGCAAAGGGUCGCGGAAAGCCUGCCGUGGCUAGAAAGAGGAAACGCGCGAUUUUCCGGGAACAGCGAAGAAUCUCCCUGACGGCUUACGGCGAUGUUUAACAAGCUGUGCAUCCUUAAAACAAAAACAGGACGAACAGGAUGCGUUGUAGAAAAGGAAGCCUGCUAAAAAUUUAAGGAAGAAAAAUUUUUAAGUUACAACAAGCUUGUCCAAAUUAAAAUAAGAAAUCAUAAAUUCUGGGAGUAUUGGAUUGGAUUGUAAGCAAGACAUUGAAUGAGUAAGAAGCUGAAGAUCUUAAGCAUAUGAUGUGGAAGGCAUAUAUUUCUUCAAUCCCACAAGAGAAAACAAUGACAAUCAGAAAUUUUCAAUGAAAAAAACCCAGAACUAUAGAGGAAAAGCAUCCUUUUAAUACCGAACAGUGUAAAAUGCUGCAGGAUUUUGAACAGAGGGUUGGAGUGUAAGACAGUGUACUGAAUUUCAGUAUCCCUGUGAGUAGCAUCUGAUUCUAGACCUUGGAGCCAAAGAGAAAGAAAUUCAGUUGUAAAGCACAAAGCUUGGCUAUUUAGUGAAUAACAAAUAAUCAUAAUAAUGUAAAUGUUUAUGGUUUUCAUCUUUUAAGAGAAUAUUUAAUUAUGGUUACGAAGUAGAAUGCAAAUGUUACCAGCCUUGAUAAUGUAAAAGUACAGUUUUCAAAUGAGGAUGUCAAAGGGGGAGGGGAAGGUAAAUGGGAUGGUAGUGGUGUUCUUACAAAGUGGAAAGUUGAAAGAUACUGUCUGUUGUUGUUGAGGAAGAAAUACAUAUUAUUUAAAGUAGCUAUAAAGUUACUAAAAUAGUAACAUAACUGUUCUAAAGGGGGAGGAGAGUACAGCAUGAAGUCAACAAGAAAUGCCUAAAGAUGGAGAGUUCAGGUGGAAUGUCUAAAAAAAAAAAAAACUGAGACUACCUAGUGGGUUUGAAUAUGGAGUCAAGAGAUGUUUAGUUUUUCAGGCUGGAGAUGAAUUAGUGGUCUGCAGAUUUUUUUUUUUAAUGAAGAAAACAAAGCUAAGGCAAUUAUGAACCCCAGGAAAAAUAAAGUUUUGCAAGAAACUACACUGCAUACCUCAACUGUAAUAAUACUAGUCAUAUAAAGUCAGUCAUAAUUGUGUAAACAUUACCAAUGUAACAAGAAAUGAUUAUGUAACAUUAGGAUUCGAGAGGAGAGAGAUGUGUGUGUAAUGGGGGAAAAUUAGUCAAGCUCUAAUGUAGAAAAAGUCAAUAAAGAAGCAGUAUAAACGUUAUUAGAAAAAAACUGCAAUAAGAAACAGCUAAGAGUUAAAAGUGUUUGUUUCGGGAGAAAAAAAAUCAGGGAACAGUAGAGAAAAGGUGGAGGAUUGCUGUUUUCCACCACCCAUCUAACAGUAUUAUUUUGAUUUGAUUUUUCUUAACUAUAUAUAUUUCUUUGAUUAAGAAUUAAUUGAAAUAAACUUCAUUUUAAAAAUUCCUGGGUAAUUGAAAUGUAUGCUACUGGUUAAGAGCUUCGGUAGUAAAAUGGGAUUGAGCACUUAAAUCAGGCAAACUUCUGUUAAAAUACAAAUUCUAAUUUUGUGGUCUUAGGUGAGUCCAUUAAUCUGCCUAAACCCCUGUUUCCUCAACUAUUAGGGUAAAAAUAUCCACCUUGAAAAGUCAGUCUGAAAAUUAAAAAUAAACCUGCCUGAGUCCUUGAUACAUACACAAUAAACAGUACUUGUUAUAACAGAA